AUGAUGUGCGCGCGGGGCGCUGCGAUCCGCGUGAUCAAGCGCUGGCGUCUGUGGGUGCGCGCUGCUCGGGCCCUCGGGGUCGAAGACGCAGCGUGCCGGCGUCGGUGGCGAAACUGGCGGGGUGUCCCGGGGCCCUCUGCACGAGACGAAGCGCGCGGGCCAGCAGAGCCAGUAGGCGGUGAUGUGCGGCCUCCUAUUUCGACCCGGCGUGCGCUUCGCCGACUCGGAACGCUCGUGUCGCCCCAGGACAACAACGCCAACUCAAUCUGCAUUGCUCGAUCUGGCGGGCCCAGCCCCAUUCGAUGGCAUCGCGGGUGUCAUGAAUCGCAGUUCGGUUCGGCGCGGUUCGGCGCGGGCUUUGCCAUGGGCGCAGAGGCGGGAUCACAGCCGCGAUGGCCACGGCGGCGACGGGCAGCGACCGACUCCGCGCAGCCAACAUUUCGACAGCGGCUGGGAGACCUGCACCUGUCGCCGGCUAGGGACGCCCUCCGCGUUCCUAUUGUCCCCAGCCCCUUCUUCCUCGCCGUCCCCGUCGCACCUCUCUCCUUCUCCUUGGCCCGCGCCCUGCCCUUCCUUUCGACCCUGCAUUCUGUAUCUGCCCCUGGCCGAAGCUUCCUGAUCGAUGACUCGACGAUCUCGCGGCCGCCGGGUCACGUCCUCCUCCCCUCGUCUCGCGAACCCUGGACUGAUCGCCGCCCCCGCGGUGCGCGUGCACCGCGCACGUAUGGGCCCGCUGCGCCGGGCGCAUGUCCGCGGACGACGACGACGACGAACGGGGUCGCGGGGUGCUGUGACGGCAGCGCCCCGCGCCUGCGCCCGCCGCGGGCAAUGAUGCCGUUCGCUGCGCGCGCACUACUCAUGUACCGCGAGGCACUGCGUCGCCAGAGCGCCGCGCCGACCUUCGAGCCCGCGCUGCGAUUCUCGAUCCCCGUCGCUCGCUCUGCCAAGUUACGCUUCGUGGGUUGGCCCUCGCUCGGCUACGGGCUCGCGUUCUACUCGGGCGCGCUCGUGGCGGUGCAUUCGUCCAUCGCGACGUUCCACAGAGCGUUGAUCACUUACGUCACUGCAAAGGACGGAACCAAUUCCUGCAACGUCCCAUCAUACUGUAUGCUCGACAGCCGCAAGAGCCCGUCCGGCGUCGAGCGAUCUCUAGGGCCAGCGGCCGUAUCUCGAAACACGCUUAUACGCUCAACGUCAUCCCCAGCAUACCUAGACCGGCCUUCUCGAGAACCAAAGUCCAUCUACGGCGAGCCUGACUUUUGUCCAUGUCUAGACUAUGCUGUAGGGCCUGCAGCCCUGCCGACCGGUACAGCACAACGUAAAUCCCGCGGUCCACAAGUCUCGUCAUCGGACACACCCUCCGACAUCGGCUCGUGUCGUGCCGGCGGGUUCGCUGCCGAUCCCUCGUUCGUCGUCCCCGCAUGUACCUACGCCAGCACGGCGGGACGUGCCGAGGGGGCUGCACUUCAGCCGGCGUGCACGCGCCCGUCCUGCGCGGCCGGCUCACGGCCGUUCGAGGCCGCGCGCGGCGAGCGGCGCUUUCGGCAUAGCGCUCGGGGCGCAUUGCGAGCGCCGUGGGCGGAGGGGCGGCUGGAUCCUGCGGAGGCGCUUCUUGUCUUCACGGCGCCGGCCGUCGUAGGCGAGGGCGGCGCACCGCCGUCGACGGGCCACCUGCAGGGCUGA